UUAGUUGAGCUUCAUCAGCCGUCGUGAACAUCGCGUUAAUUUUUCAUUAAAUAAUGGAUUUAAUUUUAUUAUUGAUCUUUGCUGGAACAUUGUUUGUCACGUUUUUACCUUUUUUCAAAAAGUUAAAAAAGCAAUAUGAGUUUCAACAAGUGAUAAACAAGCUUCCGGGACCAAAAUCGUAUCCAUUCUUAGGAACAACUUUACCUUACAUAACAAAACCUCGAGAAGAUCGAUUCAACCUGGAUGUACAAUAUGGGAAGCAAUAUGGACCGAUUUACAGAAUGUGGCACGGGCGAACUUUCCCAGAAAUCCGAUUAAUGACUUGUGAUUAUGCUGAAGAGAUAUUUAAAUCAAGCAAACACAUUGAAAAAUCUUACACCUACAAACUUUUAGAACCGUGGCUAGGACAAGGCUUGAUUUCAUCAACAGGUCAACACUGGUUUAUGCAUAGACGUUUGCUUACUCCAACAUUUCAUUUUAGCAUUCUAGAGAACUUUUGCGAUGUCUUUUAUGAACAUUCAGAACUUAUUGUGAAGAAAUUAGAAGAACUUACUGCUGAUGGCAAGCCAGUGAAUAUUUAUCCCAUCAUAGGACAUGCUGCACUUGAUAUCAUUUGUGAAACUGCAAUGGGAUUUAAAAUAAAUGCAUUGGAAAAAACUGAGAAUGAAUAUGUGAAAGCUGUUUACAGCUUCAGUGAAAUUGCAAUGCAUCGCUUUUAUAAACCUUGGCUGCGUGUUGAUUACUUUUUUCGCAAGUCAUCUUACGCUGAUAAGUAUGAAAAAAGUUUAAAUACUCUACAAGAAAUGACAACGAAAGUGAUAAAAGAAAGAAAACUCUCAAGACAGAUGGACAAUAAUGAAUUUUCAGGAAAAGCUGAAAAUGACUUUGGGAUGAAGAAACGCAAAGCAUUUUUGGACUUAUUGUUAGAUGGCAAUGAAAGUAAUAAGGAAUUAACCGAUGAAGAUAUUAAAGAUGAAGUUAAUACAUUUAUGUUUGCUGUAAAUACCACAUCGGUUGGCAUUUGUUGGGCUUUGUACAUGAUUGGUUUACAUGAAGAUGUUCAAGAAAAAAUUUGGGAAGAGAUGAAAGCAAUUUUCGGCGAUGAUAACAAAAAGCCUGCAACAUACCGCGAGUUGAAUGAAAUGAAAUAUUUAGAAAGAGUGUUGAAGGAAUGUUUAAGACUUUAUCCAUCAGUGCCUAAUAUUUCAAGGAAAAUGAAUGAAGAUAUUGAACUUGGCGGAUAUACAAUACCGAAAAAUGCAAUUGUCGCUCUGCAAAUAUUUUUCAUUCAUCGAGAUGAAAGAUUCUUUAAAGAUCCAGAAAAGUUUGAUCCUGAUCGAUUUUUACCAGAAAAUAUGGAAGGCCGGAAUAGCUAUGCAUUUGUGCCAUUCGCUGCAGGUCCACGAAAUUGUAUCGGACAACGUUUUGCUCUACUUGAAGAAAAAUCUGUUGUAUCAACGAUUGUGCGUAAUUUUAAGAUCAAAUCAAUUGAAAAACGUGAAGAUAUUAAGUUAUUACGAGAAUUGGUUUUACGGCCAGUAAAUGGAAUUAAUUUGAAACUUGAAAAGAGACGAUGAAACCUAAACUGAGGUUGGAGUUGAAUGACAAUUUCUUGAAGUUCUCUUCUUAUUCCUGCAAAUAUUUAACAAAAAAUUAACUGAACUAAUAAAGAAAAAUUGUUUAGAAAUGUAAAAAUGUUUUUGCUUUAUUAAAAAAUGUCAAAGCUCUGAACCAAAUGAAUUUAUUGAUUGUAACCUUUAUUCUUCCAUUUCUUUUUCGGUUUCUUCACUUCAACUUCAGAUACCGAAUUUUCUUCAGUAACUUCUUGAUUGUCUUUUUUUCUUUUCAAUGGAUUUCCUUCGUUUUUCUUUUGGCUUUUAAUGUUUUCUUGCUUUUGAGCGUAAAAUUCGUUGACUUCUCCUUCUUGACAUCUUUCAAAGACACUUACAAAAAAUCCAUUUGAAAGAUCGUCGGAUGUUCUUGCAUAAAGAACUUUACUUCCCAAUCCAGGAUAAACUUUUUCGCUUCCAAAGUUUUUCCACUUACUGUCAAUCAAAUUUCCAGCAUCAACUAAUUUAAAAUCUGAAACUUUCCUUAAAACACUCAGCACAACUUCUUCGUUCUCUUCCGUAUAAAUUGAACAUGUUGAGUAAACAAUUCGAACAACAUUAGGAAAUGAUGUCAUGGCAUGAAUUAAAAGUUUGUGUUGAAGACCAGCAAGUUUGAAAAGUCGACCAGCAUCUUUAUUGCGCACUUCACUUUCAAAUCUAUUCAGCAUUCCUGAACCUGAACAAGAAGGAUCAAGUAAAAUGUAUUCAGCUUUAGGAACAUCUUCGUCCUUAACUUCCAAGACGUCUUUAUUGAUUGGUUGAAUUAUUGUUGCGCCUGUGCCUUCAACCAUUUCCAACAAUGUCUGAUAACGUUUCACAUUCAUUUCUAUUGCAUAAAUCUUUCCUUUGUUCUUCAUUAUUGAAGCGAGAUGAGUCGUCUUAGUGCCUGGAGCUGCACACAUAUCGAUUACAGUUGAUUUAUGUGGUGGAUCAAGAAGAACUGCUGGCAGACAACUUGCUUUAUCUUGAAGCAGAAACUUUCCUUCUUGAACGAGUGGAUUUGUUGCCCAAUAUUUUCUCGAACUUGAUGGAAACACGAAAAGAUUCUUGAUGUGGAAAUCUUUCAAAUAAUUUUCGUCAUCGAGAUUUUUUACAGCUUCUAAAAAGUCAUCGUAAGUUUCAAACGAACUUUCAAUCAAACGCCAACCUUCUCUUUCAAGAUACUCUUUUGCUUCUGUUUUCUUUAUCAAGAUCGUGUUAAGUCGAAUGUACCGUGGAACUUUAUAUUGUUGAAGUUUGGAUUGCUGAUUAGGAUUCUCGCCUAAUUCAGCCAAAGCUUCCUUUAAUUUAUCAUGAUUUGAUAAAACACAUUCAACUGGUUUCGAGUGUCCAUUUAAUUGUCCACGACCGAAAAUCAAUUCAGCAACGAGAAUCUUAGCGAGGAAAAUGUUUGGAAUAUUUUGCAAAAUAUCUGUCUUCGCCAUGAUUUGUUCAAGUUGAAUUUCAUUCGCUUGAAUCUUUGUUAAUAAAGCUACUGUGCUUCCAGUUUUCUUUAAAAUAUAUAACUUUUUAAACUAAUUCUUUGAAGGAUUUUCCUUCUUCAACAAUUUGUUUUAAUAUUUUUGCAGCUUGCCGAUAUUGUGUUGGAACUGGAAUUUUGUGUGGCUUUCGGUCUGACACCCAUUCUUCCAUUUUCUGUUGAUUCUCAUUUUCCUCUUCCAUCCUCGUGACUUUAGAUAAUUUUUUUGUUUCUUUAAUUUUCGACUUACUUUUAAGAAUUUUCUAAAUUUUGA